ACUCUUCUGCUUCAUUCCAUACAUACAUGUCAAAUUAAACAACUGUAAUGGAUCAUGAUCAUAUGCCCGGAAUGGCAACGCCGCCACCACCACCAUCCGCCGGCGGCGGCGGAAUGGAGCACCACUCGGCUAUGGGGAUGACACAUAUGACCUUUUUCUGGGGAAAGAACUCGGAAAUCCUCUUCUCGGGUUGGCCCGGAACACGCGCGGGUAUGUACGUUCUAGCCCUCCUAUUUGUUUUCAUCCUCGCCGUCAUUGUGGAGUGGCUGGCCCAUUGCCGAAAGACAAGGAACGCCGGCGACUUUUCCGGUGGUCUGAUGAGGACGGUGGUGCACGGAAUGAGGAUAGCUUUGGCUUAUAUUGUGAUGCUGGCAAUCAUGUCGUUCAACGGCGGUGUAUUCAUUGUUGCCGUCGCCGGACAUAUCUUCGGAUUCUUCCUCUUUGGUAGCAGACUUUGCUUCAACAAAUAUUCUUCUGACUCUCACAAGGAUUUCCCUCCU